CGAUGGAAAAUGUGCCAAAAAAUUGUGAAAUGCUUCAGACUUUAGUUUCUCUUUCUCCCUUCUUCUCUGUUCGAACUUCGAACCACUGAGUGACUUCUCAACCCUCUCUCCGAUACUCUCAAUCUCUCACUCGUCGCCGACGCCGUUGCUCGCCGCAUCUGUCAGCCUCCAUCGCCAUCGCUACAGAGUUGGUUGACAUCGGAGCUAAUUUGAAGAGCGAAGAAGAGAGAGAGAGAGCUCGCAGCAUCUGGUUACUGCUGGUGGCGGCGAAUAUGGAUGGUAAUAUACAAGCUAUAAAGAAAUGGAUUGUGCUCUAUCCUAUCUACAUCAACUCAAAGAAGACAAUAGCUGAAGGCAGGCGGAUUAGCGUCAGCAAAGCAUGUGAAAACCCUACUUGUGUUGAAAUCCAUGAUUGCUGUAUUCACCUGAAACUUCCGUGUGCUAUUGAGGUUGACAAGGCAUAUCCACGUGAUUUUAUGCAAAGGGGACGAGUAAGGGUUAUGUUAAAAAGGGAAGAUGGAAGUCUUUUCAAUCCAGCCAUUUCUUCCAGGAAACAACUGAUGCUCCGUGUUGCAGAAUUGGUCCCCAAACAUUCGAAUAGGACCAAAAAGCAAGAACCUGCGACAUCUUCAGCAGCUGGCCCUUCGAAGCCUGCAAAGGGUGGAAAGAAGAAGAGAUAACUUCAUGAAACUCAUGGUGGUUAUUUCCACCAUAUUUGGUCUGAACAUGAUGUAUUUUGGAACCUGUCACAUCAUUUUUAUCUUUUCCUCAUUUUAAGAUGCGUUCAGGGUUGCAAAAAAUUUUGGGAUCUGAAGCCCUGCCUCUAUUAUAUCCUACUACCUCUUGUUCCGGACCUUUCUUGCUUGAAUGGCAAUCUCAUAGAGCUCAUUCUUCGUUGGCAAAUUCUUGUAUUCUCGUUCUGCUGAUUUAGAAUUGUUUUGCUCUUCCAUGGGUUGAAUUAUAUCGGAUUAGUUAUUGAUGUUC